CACUCCACAUUCUUCGAUCUUUCUUUUUGCCCCGACGCGCAGAGCCUCAGAAAUCCAGAAAAAUGUUCAGACAGGCUUCAAAAUUCCUCCUAGCCCGAUCCUCCGCCGCCACGAUGAGGUGGCGCUGCCCAUUCUCCACCGAUCUUCCGGUGGAGACGGCAGUGGACUCCAAGUUUGUUGAUGCGUGGAAGCAAUCGAUCCCGAAUUUGGAACCACCUAAGACGCCCUCGGCAUACAUGAAACCAAGACCGCCCACACCCUCCACCAUCCCCUCCAAGCUUACUGUCAACCUCGCCCUGCCUUAUAAUUCUCUCGUCUCCGCCAAAGAGGUUGACAUGAUUAUAGUUCCAGCAACUACUGGACAAAUGGGUGUCUUGCCUGGUCAUGUUGCUACAAUUGCAGAGCUGAAGCCCGGUGUUUUAUCAGUUCAUGAUGGUAAUGAAGUGACAAAAUAUUUUCUGAGCAGUGGGUUUGCAUUCGUCCAUGCAAAUUCCGUUGCAGAUAUAAUAGCAGUCGAGGCCACGCCUCUUGACCAAAUCGACCAGACCCUCGUUCAGAAGGGACUUGCAGAAUUCACCCAAAAACUAAGCUCAGCAUCAAGUGAUGAGGAGAAAGCCGAAGCACAAAUUGGGGUUGAUGUACACAGUGCCCUCAAUGCCGCUCUUACAGGAUAAGGUUAGGGGAGGGGCAAGUCAGCAACUUUCUCUAGUAUCCCUCUUUGUUGUUUGCUUGAGUCGAUCUUUUUUCGUUGCUUUGCAAAAGUUGGUUUUCUGUGCGUUCCUCAAAACAAAUAUCUUGGAAUCAUGAGAUAGACGAUUUUCAUGAAUAAAUUACUAAGACCAGUUUGGCACGUUUGAUUUUCUUGUGCUAGGUGCCAAAACAUUUGUUCUAAAUUUCGGAGUUAUAGAUCGUUAUGUUAACGUCUUUCAUUUGAGCCACGAUGCUUGAAUGAUCAAAUUCUUGUAUGGUUUUA